AUGGGGCUGGCACCAAGGAGUUUAGCACUGGGCUGCAUGGCCAUCAUCUUGGUUCUACCGAUGGCCAUGGCAGAGUACCCCAACUGGAUGCUGAAUAGCAAGGCCCAGGUGUUUGCAGACCUGAGCGCCCAGGAGAUAGAAGCUGUGCACAGCUUCCUGAUGAGCAGGCCGGAGCUGGAGCUGCAGCCAUCCGGCACACAGGCUUUAGACAAGAACUCUGUGUUCCUCAUUGAGAUGCUGCUGCCCAAGAAGAAGGAUGUCCUAGAGUUUCUGGAUAAAGGAACAAGACUUCCAGUACGGGAGGCCCAUGUGGUCAUCUUCUUUAGUGCCCAGGAGCACCCCAAUGUCACCGAGUUUGCUGUGGGGCCCCUGCCACAGCCCAUCUAUAUGAGAGAACUGUCCCCCAGGCCAGCAAAACAUCGAUCCUGGGCAUCCAGACCCAUGUCCAAAGCAGAGCAAAGCCUUCUCUACCACAAAAUCAAGGAGGCCACCACACCCUUACAGAAGUUUUUUGUUGACACCACCGGCUUCUCACUAGAGGACUGCAAUGGCCAGUGCCUCACCUUCACCCACGUGGCCCCCCACAGUGUGGAGUCUAGACAUCGGGCCACCUGGUUUCUCUUGCAGCGCAUUGUGAAAGACGACCUCCUGCAACCCACAGGGUUGGAGAUCCUUGUGGAUCAUGGGAGCACGAAUGUCCAGGACUGGAGAGUAGAGCAGGUCUGGUAUAAUGACAAGUUCUACAGCAGCCCAGAAGAACUGGCUCAGAAGUAUGCAGAUGGAGAAGUAGAUACAGUGGUCCUCAAGGACCCACUGCCCAAGAACACAGAGCAACUACAAAUCUUCAACAAGCCUGGUGGGGAAUUCCCAAUGCCCCUUAGUGAGUCUGGCAAUGGUUCCAGAUACAGACUAGAGGGCAACACGGUGAUCUACAAAGGCUGGAGCUUCUCCUUCCAGCUUAGACCCUCUUCUGGGCUGCGGAUAUUAAAUGUGCACUUCAGGGAUGAGCCUAUAGCCUACGAGAUCAGCGUGCAGACAGCUGUGGCUGUGCAUAGAGAAAAUACACCUGCAGGGGAGCUGACCAAGACCAUGGAUCUAGGCUGGGGCAUGGGCAGUGUGACUCAUGAGUUAGCCCCUGGCAUCAACUGUCCAGAAACAGCCACCUUCCUAGAUGUUAUCCACUACUAUGAUACUGAUGGGCCUGUCCGUUAUCCACGAGCCCUCUGCAUCUUUGAGAUCCCCAUGGGGGUGCCUGUUAGGCCCAUCUUUAACACUGACUUUCCAGGCAAAAUCAACUUCUUUUCGGAUGUCAUGGGACACAAGCUGGUUCUGCGGGCAACCUCAGCGCUCUACAAUUUUGAUUACAUCUGGGACUUUGUUUUCUAUACUAAUGGCAUGCUCUCAGCCAAGAUGCAUGCCAUAGGCUCUACCCACACCACCAUCUACACCCCUGGGGGGUUGGGCGAAAUUCACCUGAUGACUCACCAACUUGGCAACAGUCACACCCACCUUGUGCAUUACCGUGUUGACCUGGAUGUGGCAGGCACCAACAACAGCUUCCACACACUGCAGACCAGGCAGAACACCACCAACCCUGGCAGCCUAAGACACCACCUGGUCCAGGACACAAUGGAGAAGACACAGUAUUCCCAGGAGCGCCAGGCCACCUUCCCCUUCGGACAGACUCUGCCUCCAUUCCUGCUCUUUAGCAGCCCCCAAAGGGACAUCUGGGGACACCGGCGCAGCUACCGCUUACACAUCUACUCCACAUCUAAGCAGAAGCUGACCCCUGAAUCCCAGGAGGACUUGGCUUUCACCUGGGCCAGGUACUCCCUGGCAGUGACCAAAUAUUGGGAGUCUGAGCGGUGCAGCACCAGCAUUUACAACCAGAACCACCCCUGGGAUCCCCCCGUGGUCUUUGAGGAUUUCCUCCAGAACAAUGAGAGCAUUGAAGACCAGGAUUUGGUGGCCUGGGUGACAGUGGGAUUCUCUCAUGGGCCCCAUUCUGAAACUGUCCCCAGUAUGACCUCAGCGAAGAACUUCGUGGGUUUCUCACUCCAGCCUUUCAAUUUCUUCUAUCAUUGA